AUGGGCAACACAUCACCAAUUGUAGCAGGAUCAUGGAGAGAAAAGUCCGGUAAAAUUUGGCACUGCACUCAAAAUGGCAAUCAAUUCAGUUGGACUCAAGAAGGAACUGGCAGACAAGCUCAUGGAACAAUUGUUGCUGUUUCAAUGGCUCCUGCUUCCUUCUCCAUUCAUAUUACUUUUGAUGGAAAUGUUCAUUGGAAAUUGACUCCAAGUUUAGAUGGAACAGCAUUGACUGGAAAAAGUGAUACUUUUUAUCGAGUGAAUACUGGUUCCUCGUUUGCAAGUGACAAACUGAAAGCUGUGGCCUCCUAUUCGCAGUCUCAAAUCUCUCCAUUGUCAUCAAGUGAAAUUGUUCAAAUAUUGGGAUACUUUACAUUCGAUUCAGACAGAGGAAAAGUUAUUUCUCAAUUGAAAUCCACAAAUAAUAUUGCGAGUAUGGACACUAGCUCAGCUGCUUCAAUUAUUAGACUUUUCGGCAGUGAUAGUACCAAGGUUAAGGCUGUUCAGGACUUGUGCCCAUACAUUUGGGACAGAAAACAAAAUGCUGAAAUCAUUGUAGCCAAUUUUACAUUUGCUUCUGACAAAGGUAGGGCCAGAGAUUACUUGUUGAAGAAUUAA